AACACUUUUGCAUCAACAAAAAAGUAGCCAUGGCCACUAAGAGAAACACAUCACUUGCCCUUUUGCUCUUGCUCAACCUCAUAUCCUUCUCCUUGACCACUGCUUGGACAUACCCGAUCCCAAAACCAGGUUCAAGAACUUCACCGAACCCCAAACCGCGCACCCCAUCUAGCCCGUGUGGAGGGACUCCAUCGGGCGGCAAGCAAUCCGGGAGUCCACCGGGCCAGGCACCUGCGACUCCACCGAGCAAGCCACCUGCGACUCCACCAAGUCAGCCACCUGCGAUUCCACCGAGACAGCCACCUGCGACUCCACCGAGCCAGCCACCUGCGACUCCACCGAGCCAACCACCUGCGACUCCACCGAGCCAACAACCGGGAAACUCAUCAUGCCCUAGAGAUGCCCUAAAAUUGGGCAUCUGCGCCAACGUGCUCGGCAACCUUCUUAACGUGACCAUUGGAACGCCACCCGUGACCCCAUGCUGCACCCUAGUCCAAGGGCUGGCCGAUCUUGAGGCCGCCGUCUGCCUUUGCACUGUGAUUAGGGCUAACAUUUUGGGCCUCAACAUUAGUCUUCCCAUUGCUCUCACCUUGCUCCUAAAUGUGUGCAGCAGGGAAGUCCCGAGGGACUUCCUCUGCGCUUGAGCUGCGAACUUAAUUCGUUCAUUUGAAGCUUGAAUUUUAUGCUUAUUAAUCAAGAUUAUGUGUGUGGUUUUACUAAUGUUUGUGUGUUUUUAUAUGUACUGUGUGAAGGAAGACUUGAAUAAUGUUAGUUAUUGUGUCAUGCAAUUUGUGUAUGGGAUCUCUUGGUGGUCUACUCCUAAGUUGGAACCCCAAGGAAUCGAAUUGAAAAUGUCAAUCGUUUUAUGAUGCAGUUUAUGAAAUUAAUUACGUUUCUUUCUUGAUUA